AUGGGAGAUUUAUUUGAUAAUGGAAGGAGGAUCACUGAUGAAGAAUAUGGGAGGGAAUUGAAGAGAUUUAGGAAAACUUUUGAGAAUAGAGAUGGAAUCAAGACGAUUUAUCUGAGUGGAAAUCAUGAUAUUGGAUUAGAAAAUUGGGAAAAGAAGAUUUUGGACAGAUUUGAAAAGCAUUUCAUGCCACUCAAUUUUAAUUAUGCCAUCAAUAGUAAGAUGAAUAUUAUUGGAGUGAAUUCAAUGUAUUUGGGAACACCAAUUUAUGAUUUUCUAUUGAAAAACGUAGAUGCAGAAAAUUCAAAGAAUAUUUUACUGACACACAUUCCAUUGUAUAGAGAUGGGCUUUGCCAGAACGAUGACUUCGAUACCAGAAUGGGAACCAAAUCUAGGAGUAGACCUUUGGAAGAGGGUUAUGGAGCAGGUUACAGAAACAUGCUCAAUCCUUCAGAUUCAAAGAAAUUAGUCUCACUCACCAAACCAAUUCUUGUUCUGAGUGGAGAUGAUCACGAAUAUUGCAAAUUCCAACACAAUGUCUAUGAGCACACUGUUACAGAGCAUACCAUUCCAACAUUUAGCAUGUUACAAGGUACUUUCAAAUAUGGUUAUGGAAUUUUGACCUUGGAUAUGGAACGAAACUCUGUACAUGACUUGUCCAUCUAUUACUUGCCAAAGAUUUGGAAUAUUUUCAUAUUCUAUGCCAUAUUAUUCAUUAUUGCUACCAUUUAUUCAAUCUUCAAGUUCAAAUCCGUGUUGAGCUAUUUGAGUAUUUUAACUGUUUGCUUGUUGACUUAUGUUUUAUGUCAGGUAUGGUGGUGGAUUUUGUAA